GCUCUUGGAUUCAGCAUGGAACAGAUGAAGAAGCACGACAUGCUGUUGAACGAGACUGGUGUGCGCGGUAGCAGCUCUCCCGUGACGGUGGUGAAGUCACCUGUUACGCUGAGCAAGGCGAAGCGGCACUACGGCUGCAACACCCUCAAGGGCAUGGAGAUGUUCAAUUAUAAAGGGGCAUAUGUGUGGUCGGUGCGCAAUGCGAAGGACGAGUUGAUGAGUCCGUUUGGUGCAACAGUUGCCGGAUACUACACUGCACUGACGAUGGCGGCGUUUGAGGACCUCGGCUACUACAGGGCAGUGUGGGGGAUGGAGGAGCCGAUGGUGUGGGGCAACAACUCCGGCUGCGAGUUCCUGGAUAACCCGUGCUCGGAGAAGACUCCCACCACUUACCCCGGCAUGUUCUGCGAUAAAAAUGAUGAGUUGUCGAUUCGCUGCACGUCCAACCGUCAAGCCAUCGGGAUGUGUUUUCGAAAUUUUAAGGCUCCUGAAGCCAGCAGUGACGAAAAGGAGACCUGUUUUUUUGUUUCACAGCCUGAUUCUGGAAAAGAACAACUUUGCUCAGCGGAGCAUAGGAACGACAUCAUACCGGGAUCCCUCCGUGGAAAGGGCUCGUGGUGCCUCGAUGCAGAAUCAUUCACGUUCAAGAGUGACACUGCCUCCAAUGGGAAUUUUGUCGUACACGCAGUGUGUGCGAUGGUGCAGUGCGAGGAGGGCAAGGUGAAGGUGAAAUAUCUUGGCGGGAGUGAUUUUGAGUCGUGCCCCGAAGGGGAGUUCAUCACGCCCAAAUCGCCGCACUUCAAGGGCGGCGGAAGGGUCAAGUGCCCGAGGUACGAGGAGGUGUGCACCAUCGCCGCCGAUGGCAGCAGCCUCAUCAACCUAAAGAAAGACGACCACGGCAAAGGUGACCAUGGCAAAGACGACCACGGCAAAGGUGACCAUGGCAAAGACGACCACGGCAAAGGUGACCAUGGCAAAGACGACCACGGCAAAGACGACCACGGCAAAGACGACAACGAAAAUGACGACAACGAAAAUGACGACUACGGCAAAGGCGACCACGAUGGCUGUGCGGCUGCUGUUGUUCUUUCCAGUCUGCUCCUCGCCGUGAUUGCUGCGAUGGUGGUGGCGACGGUGCCGCUUUGA